GGAGAUACAAGCGGUGACGUUACGGAUGAAUCGGUACGAGAUCCUGGACCGGCUGGGGGACGGCGCGUAUGGAGAAGUUCUGAAAGCGCGCAACCUCAAGACGAACGAGGUGGUGGCCAUUAAGAAGCUUAAGAUGUUGUUUCCGACGUGGGAAGAGUGUCUUCAGUUGCGCGAGCUCAAGUCGCUCAAGGUGCUCCGCCACGACAACAUCAUCCAGCUCAAAGAGGUGAUCCGAGACAAGGCCGAGUUGUACUUUGUUUUUGAGUACAUGGACACAAGUCUGUUCGCGUGGAUGCGCAAGAACAACGCCAAGGAGCCGCAGAUCCGCACCAUCAUGUCCCAGCUCUUCUCUGGGCUUGCCUACAUGCACAAGCACGGAUUCUUCCACCGCGACAUCAAGCCUGAAAACUGCCUUUGCAGCAGUGGUAUUGAAGUGCUCAAGGUGGCGGAUCUAGGCCAAGCGAGGGAGAUACGAUCGCGACCUCCGUUCACAGACUACGUGUCGACGCGGUGGUACCGCAGCCCGGAGCUGCUCCUUCGCUCCACCACGUACAAUUCCCCGAUCGACCUCUGGGCCUGCGGCUGCAUCAUGGCCGAGCUGUUCUUGGGCAAGCCGCUCUUCGCUGGAUCAUCCGAGGCGGAUCAAAUGUGUCGCAUUUGCGGCAUUCUCGGCACCCCUACGAAAGAAAGCUGGCCCGAGGGGGUUACGAUGGUGUCGCAGAUGCAGUUCAAGUUCCCAAAGUGCAACCCCGUGCCACUCAAGAUGGCGAUUCCGAACGCCAGCCCCGCCGCCAUUCAACUGAUGGUCGACUUGCUCCAGUACGACUCGACGCGCCGCCCCACAGCUGCGCAGGCACUGCAGUAUCGCUUCUUCAUGCCCGUCACAGCGCGGUCUGGGGCGCCGGAUGCCAAGCAAACUGCACCCCCGACGAUGGCCAAAGAAGACAAAAAGGACUCCACCUUGGAAGCCGCACAGCGCAAGAAGCCGUCUGCGACAACCCCCUUGUGGGACUCGGACAACGACUGCAAAGGCAAAGUGAACCAACCACCGGUGGCAUCUGGAUGUGCCCCAAUCCGAAAACAGCAGCUUAGCCCCAACACCCGCCGCAAAACCAUCACGGAUGCAAAUCCGAAGCGGGACCCGGAAGAUGCCGACGAUGUCGACACGGCCGCGCACGACUCGAUGCUUCAAGACUUGCUCGACGACGUCAUGUGCUGAGGAAUAGCCCCGUGCAUCUAAAUAAAUAUUCAACCUCAACUACCGAUGUAUUCGAAC